ACUUGUAACUAGCGACAUAGCAGCCUUUUAAAGUAUGACUACCGCAAGGAGGAAUCCAACCACUUUAUGAGGCUCUGGUAGGACAAGAACACUGAAGCACUGGUGCAGGCGGAGGGAGGGAGGCCUCGACAUCGCUGUCAUGAAUAGGAGAAACUCCAAUCGGAAUCUCAGCCAGCCGUGUUCGUCAUGUCAGGUCCUGAAAAGACCUGAAAAGAUAUAUGUGGAAACAGGAUCGAGCAGCCUUCCUAAAGUGGUCAGAUUGAGGGACCGCUUGAGGGUUGAGUUGCAGAACAAGACAAGACCAAGUUGGAUUGUACUGUUAGAACAUGCCAAAAAGGCCUUGGCUCAAUGUGCUCGGCGCCCAUGUGAGAAAUGAAAAGCUCUCGCCAGUGCACGUCGUACGACGGAUAAGAUCAUCGUAAGAAGCCCUUGCACCAAGAAAUUUGUAAAAGCUCUACAAAAAUCAGCCGAUUAUCUGCGUAAUCUUAUCACCUGUCUACAAUCUCCAUCUCAACGAGCUCUUUUGAGAUUCUAACCCAACCCCCCCUGCUGUCCUCCUCCUCCCCCAUAAAUUCCGCUUUAGCCAUGUUGUCCCUCUAUGUGCCCUUCGUCUUCCCCUUCAGCCUCCGCUGUCUUGACAAUGCAGCUAUUCCUUGCAAGCAGGGGCUGCUCUUCGUGUGGUUCACCUUGGUCAUCCGUGUGGGUUCACCCUCGGAAGAUACGGAAUGAUGGGCUCAACAGCGUCACGCCCUAGCUCAGCUCUCGGUUCGAGGUCUAGAACGUAGUAGUCGCGAUUCAAGAGUCCGCUAGAGCCAACCGUAGCCAGCAUGCAUUGGCGAGAGUCCUGGGAGAGGCGCUAGCUUUUAAUCCCAUCUCGCUUGUUCAGUUGUCCCAUCCUUCGUCGGCUCCUCAAAAUGAUUAUAGAGGUAGAUCCCUAAAGAGCAAAGCCUUGCGCAAGCAAGGAUUUGUCAGAGCUUGAUUUAUUGAUCCUCCCCCACGCAAGCUUCGGACGCAACGUUCCUCCGCUCGCCCCUCCCGCGCGCUUUCCCUCUCUCUAUUUCAGUUGCAGGCACACGGUCGAAUCGGACAUCCACAACAUGCUCACGUUUUCGCAGAGCACCGCACCCACCCACACGUGCACCAUUCUUCGCUGCUCUCUCUCUAUCUCAACAUUUGGCGAGGGUUGAGAAGGGAAGCAAAGGAUCGCUGCACUGUUAGGAAUUUGGACAGCCAGCCUGGCCUACAGUCUCUCAUAACAGGACUGUCUUGCCAUGUGCUGCUUCUGCGACUUACAUGUUGCACGUUUCAGUAUUUAUACUUACCCACCUCCUCUCUGCUUUCAUCCACUUAGAUCUUCCAACUUUGCUGAGCUCUGAGACCCUCAACUCGGCUCAAUGUUUGGCUAAGUUCGUUUCCGCUUUGUCAACUCCCUAGAUAGUUUACUUACUUGUCUGUUUGAGCUAACAGACCCCGCAGCUCGUCUUGCCUUGUCUUUAACAUCGGGAGAACAUCUUGUAUGGUCUCCUUCCCAACAGGAGCAUGUCGCUGUGAGCAGAUUGUCGUUCGCGACGUGAGAUAGAUGCGCACGCACGCGCGCACUCUGAAGCACACCCGCAGCAGCAGCAUGCGCUGGGGUUCGUAGGGCUGGCUCAUUGGCUCAUAAACUCCCCUGACGAGAGACCUUUACAGGAAACAAGAUCGUACCAUCCCCGAUACAGAUUCGGAUGCUCAAUCAAUUUUUCUCUUGAAAAUGGGUUCUCAUCUGCUAUCUCCUUUGCUUCUACAAGCUAUACCUUUCAUGACUCCCUAUACUCUGUGAAAGCAUGAAUUCCUAUAGCUUGUAUUAGCAAAGGAGGUAGCAAAUGAGGAUCCGGGCCCCUAACGCAGGUGUUAACGUUUCUGUGGUGAUCGACCUGAUGUCCUCAGCUCGAGGAUCAAAUCUUCAUGAGCAUUGACUACACGUUUGUUGCUCUGAACUCUUUCCAUUCAUGUCCAGUCAGAUCGCCCACAAUCCUCAGUUGUAUUCGAGCAAGAGAGAUUAACGUUUCCUGGAUUGAGCAAUUAGGGAUUCGGUCCCCGCAUGUGUCACAAUCUAGAUCUGCUCAGGUGAUUGAGAGCUCACAGCUUAAGAUCCUCCGAUGACUUCGACGGUAGACGAGGUUUUAGUAUCACCCUCGCGAUCACAGUUUUGUUGCAGCAUCUUUUCUGAACACUGCCUAAACUAGAACGUGAAGGAAAUGUGAAGAGGUCGGGUAUAGAAUCCAGUGAUCCUGAAAUUCUUGCCGUCUUAGCUUCUAACGCUGUUGUACUCUGAUAUAGCAAAAUGCGCGUGUCUAAGCCGAUGUGUUUCGUGGUGUUGCAUAUUCCGAGGGGAUCGAACUUCACGAAGAUGGAUAUUGCACGAAGUGUGCAAGGUCAUGAGGUUCUGAGAGUUGCCUACGGAAGUGAAGUAAACCUGAGAUGGCACCUGCGUCGUGCCUGUCUUCUGGUAGAAUCGUACAAGGAGGAUGGUUCAACAAUUAGAUCGUUCAAGGACUGUGCGUUCUCCACAUUCGAUGACGAUCACCAGAUUUGGCGGUGUGGAUUAGGCUAGUGGUCGGUUGUUUCUCACGACAUGUGCAGUAAUAAGUAACGUAGCUGCGUCUUCGAUCUCCCACAGUUUGCCAGAUCGUUUCUGUAUUAUGCUCAGCCCGUGCAGCUGAAGAAUGUACUCAUCUUCUUUCAAUGAAAUCAAGGAACUUUUUGGCCGAAAGU